AUGGAUGUUUCUGCGCCAGCCCGACCGAUCUCCCAUCAGCGACCUACGCAAGCUUAUUACGUUCCGCGAAGAUUACUGGAGAACGGACGUGGCCCGCAACCGACAACCACAAAUGCUGCUGAAAGCGAGAAAGAAUCUCGCGAACCUGUCAUGAAGCCGGUAACAGUGCCAGCUUCUAAGUCUCUGAAUAAGGAGACAACAACCAAUCGAGGAAAUAAAACUGAUAAGAGCGUGAAUAACAAUAUUACUCCGUCUAAUAAUAAUAAUACUGUGAAACAGUCGAAUAUUUCGAAAAAACCAAAUAUUUCUAAAGAUCAACAGCAGGGAGCAGACAAUCGCCGGAAGCCUAAAGUUAGUCCUUUGCGUGAUGAGUCCAGCAAGGAAAAUCGUCAGAAAAGCAAAAACUUGGCCACAGCUGCCGUUGCAACGAACAAGACCCAGCAGACUUCCAUUACCUCUAAACAACCUGCUACUCGACCAAAUGCUUUCUGUCCACAAGUUCUGGAAGCCGGAAAGACCCAAUGUAUUUGCAAGAGGCCUGAAAGCCAUAUCAUUUGCAAACGAUGCGGUUAUGAAGGCUUCGGACGUGUACAGGUUGUAUGCAUUCAACAUCCAAUGAAACUCAAUCUCAUGGAUCUACGUGAGUGUCCAGAAGCUCUAUGUCGAAGCAUUUUAAUUGUGGAAUUACAAACAUCAAACAUUUCAAAUUCCUAA